AUGCUCACUGAGUCAACACCAAGCAUUGAUGAGAUGAUGACCAGCCUUGAUGGCGAAGCUAUAACACUCAUGCUCAACAAGUUGGCAAACUUCAGAGAUGUGAUGAAGGAGUUGAAGCCGCCAACGAAAUUGCACAUUGUUGCAAAGUUGUGUAACAAAGUGCAAAGCGCCACGCAGUCAGCAGGGGGAAGGGGUAAUGAUGGAAGAGGAAUAUGCAAUGGAUAUGGCAGUGAGUGGGAAGGUGUUGCCUCAACUGCCAACUCCUCCCACUUUGGCGUCAAACAUGGAUCAACGUGUACUUUAGUCAAUAAUCCUCAACAUGCCCAACUUGAAUCAAAUUCUCAUGCAGGUGGAUUCAGUGCUUCUUCAAUCAGCAUUGGUGCACGUGCCAGGAGUCGUGGCAAUCCAGUCAGUAGUCAACCGACAAUGCCGAAUAUGCCCAACAAGGCGCCUAAAGUGAAGGAACCUGAUGCUAACAUGCCAAAACCUGCUACUGAGGUGGCUGACCAUCCAAAUAUUAUGGAGACCAACAGUCAAGUAACUUCCUGUGCUCUCAUCACCAAUGUCAAUGGUAAGAGCAACAAAUUUGCUUGCCUGAGUACAAUGCAACAAACGAAAAAUCGUUCCAAGUUCAUGAUCGCGACUGCUCCGCAAGAGAUUCCACCACUCGUGCCUGAGUUAGUAAUAGAAGUUUCCGAAGAGACCAGGACAGCAUUUGCAACGAAGCAAAAUAAAUCCGUAGAUGUAGAGAUUGAAUUAGUGCGAUGGAAAUCACCCCUCACUAAUAAAAUGCUUUGCAUGCCUGCUCCAGAGUACAGGAACAUGCUUGAAAGUGUCAAUCUUGGAGUUGUAGAUAAGAAAUGGGAAAAGGUGCAUUUACAACUACGGCUUCUGUCAGUUUUUGAAGUAGACAGGUCCGAAGAAAGUGGCAACUGUGCUUCAAUCGUAACUAGCAUGGAUCAGCAGACACUGGAAGAAACCAAUUUACUUCUACAUGAUGCUUUUAAAAUGUUAAACAAUGUGAUAUUCGAGUUCAUUUUCCAUGCGGCUGUCAAUAAAGCAGCUGACCAAUUAAAUAAAAUAUGUGCAAAAAAUAAGAUACAAAAAAAUGUUUCUGAAGUUACACCUAUCGCUAUUGCAACUGAGGCGGCUAUAUUUCCAGAGGAGGAGCUUGAAUUGGUGCGAUUAAAAAUACCCCUCAUUGAUAAUGUGUUGAGAAUGUCUAGUUCGAAGAAACUGGUUAAGCUGCGUACUUUUGUACCAGGCAUAUCAAGAAUCUUGUUUAAUUUGGAUCCGCCGUUGCUAAAAACCAUUAAUUCGUACAUAUUUAAUGCCACGAAAAAGCUCGAUGAAGCAAAUGCAAUGCUUGUUGAAAGGCCUCUCGAGAUCAUACAAGAAUAUGUCAAGCGUGGCGGUGUAGUUAAUAAAUCGGAAAAGGUACGAUCAACAGAUGCAACUACGGGGUCAUUAUUUACAGUGGAGGAGCUUCGAAUGUUUUUGAAGUGGACGGAUCCGAAGAAAGUGGCUGCUUUGCUUCAAUUAAUACCAAAUUAUCCAGAAAUCUUAUUUAACACGAAUCGGUUGACAUUGAGAGAAAUCAACUCCCUUCUAGAUGUUGGUAUUUACUUAAUGAAAACUCUGGAAAAUAAACCACUUAGGAGUGCUAAUUACCCAAACUUAUGUUUACAUACAUACAAGUUGUGCAGAGGUAAGGCACCAAUGGUGUUCCCAUUCAUCUUCCUUCUUCCCCAAUAUAAUCGCACACGAAAUGAUGGAUGUCAAGUUAGUUUAAUCUCAUUCACUCCCAAGGAAAUACUUGCCCUUGCUUAUUCUAAUCACUGUUUACCUCCAAAGUGUCGAGUUUCUAACUUACGCUACUGUUUGGAUUUUGGUGAUGUAAUCCCAACUUAG